UUUGGACUGUAGCGAUUCCGAUGGAGGCUACGGCCGCCGCGCGCGGUGGUUCCAUGCCGGCGAUGACGCAGCAAGCAGCUCAGACGCGCAAGCAGUGGCGCGCCGUGUCGGAGCAUCGGAACGAGGAGCUGGAACAAUCGAAGUUAGGCCACUCUGAUGAGAGAACAAUAUAUGAGGGAAGAGAGCCAGUUGAUGUAGACUUUUGUUCGAUCUCCAUGGAUGGGACUUUGGACCAUGACCUCUUGCAGCAGCGGCUUCGUGAUAUUGUCAGGCAAAGAGAGGAACUUCAGCAUAUGGAGACUGACCUUAGAGCUCAAAUGAUUGCAAGAUCUGAGAUAAUGGAAAUUCAAAAUAACUUUGAUGCUCAACUAAAGGACCAUGCUAAUGUUGCUUCCAAGCUUCAGGAGCAACUCCAUGAAAAGGAACAGGCCAUACAUGAUUUGGAGAGGAAAUUAGAAGAAAAAGAUAGAGAGCUGCAUGCUACCAAGUUAGACAAUGAAGCGGCCUGGGCUAAAGAGGGCCUUCUUAGAGAACAGAACAAAGAAUUAGCAACUUUCAGAAGAGAGCGUGACCAUUCAGAAGCUGAAAGAGCCCAGCAUAUACAGCAAUUACAUGAUCUUCAAGAACAUAUUCAAGAAAAAGAGAGGCAACUUAUUGAGUUGCAGGAGCAGCAUAGGCUUGCUCAAGAAGCCAUUCUAUAUAAGGAUGAACAACUGAAUGAAGCCCAAGCUUGGAUCUCUCGUGUUCAAGAAAUGGAUGCUUUGCAGUCAUCUACACUUCAAAAUCAGUUGCGGGAACAUACGGAACACUAUAAUCAGCUCUGGCUUGGUUGUCAAAGACAGUUUGCAGAAAUGGAGAGACAUCAUAUGCAUACCGUACAACAGCUUCAGCUUGAGUUAGCUGAUGCCAGACAAAGAAGUGGAACUUACACUGAUGAAUCACGUGUAGCAAAUUCAACUUCAAAGGAUGCAUCUCAGUUUGGUCGGAACAAUGGAAACCAGAUUGAAAUGAAUAUGUCAAAUGGAAAUACAGGGGCCCUCCCAAAUGGGAAUCCAGAGGAUGUUUCAUCGUUUUCUUCAACUGUCAAUGCAUCAAAUCAGGUUGAUCAUGUUCCUAGUGUUCCAAUUGGUCCUUCGUCUCUACUUGGGAUGCCUCCCUUUCUUCCACCUGGACAGGUGACUGGUAUGCAUCCAUUUGUUCUGCAUCAACCUGGGGUUCCCCAUUCCAUGCCAGCACAGGUUCCUCAAUCACAUGUGGGGAAUUUUCACUCAAUACCCGCAAUGUCAUCUCUCCAACAGUGGCAGAACCAACAGGCCCCGUCUGAGAAUUUGCAGAUACCUUCACAAACUGAACCUCCAACUUCCCAAAAUGAACAAAACCUGAUGAGAUCAGAUGCAAAGUAUGACUAUGAAACUUCUGUUAAUGGGCAAUCAUUUCAUCAAGACUAUUUGGAUGUUCAAAUUCGCCAAGGGGCAGAGCCUGAACCUGUGAUAUCAUCUUCCCCCAUUGAAGUACAGGUUCUUGAGUCAAUUAAUAGCAGUUACUUGGUCUCACCCCAAACUGAUCAGAGCCUCCAACAAAUUUCUUCCCAAUUUACUGAUUCUUUGAGAUUGGAUUCUAUUGAGAAGACCAGUGAAACCAAGGCACAUGAGCAGAAUGCUCAGACCUUGACUGAUCAUGAGUUGGACGGACAAGUUUUAAUGGCAGAGAAACCAAAUUCUGCUACCAAUUCCUCAAAGUCUGACACCGCGGUCCAUUCAGUCAAUCUCAAUGAAAUUGGAAUGAAUAAUACCCCUAGUACAGGUUUGCCUGAAUCCUUUGUCUCAACUGGGCACACCAGUGCACCAUCAGUUGGAAGGAAUUUGGAGGCUGCUCUCCUAGAUGAAAGGUCUUUGUUGGCUUGCAUGGUUCGGACAAUACCAGCUGGUGGUAGAAUUCGGAUCAGUUCAACGCUGCCAAAUAGGCUUGGAAAGAUGCUUGCACCUUUACACUGGCAUGAUUACAAGAAAAAGUAUGGAAAGCUAGAUGACUUUGUUGCUGCUCAUACUGAACUAUUUGUGAUUGAAGGGGACUAUGUUCAGCUGCGAGAAGGAGCUCAAGAGAUGAUAGCAGCUACAGCCGCCGUUGCCAGAGUUGCUGCUGCAGCAGCAGCAGCAUCCCCCUACUCCGCAGGUUUGCCUUCUGUGGCUGUGACUCCAGUGGCACAGACUCACCGCUUAAAGAAGAAUCAGCAAUUAAAUGGUGUAUCUUUUGGUGUUUCGGGAGGUAUGUCGAACGUAAAGAUUUUGAGCAAAUCCAAGGAUAUGAAUGGCCCUGAUUCUACUCCCGGCCAGUCAUCUGUACUUCUGAAUGGUGGAAAUGGAGCUCCUCUUGAUAGAUUGAUGGCCAAUGGUCGGCCUAGCUCAAAUUUUGUUGGGAAACAGCAUGGCAGGAUGACUAACCCUGCGUAUAACUCCAAUAGAAGAUAGACUUCGGGAGCAGCCAGACCAUCUUUUGCCCCCAAAAAUGUUACCAGCAUGCGAAUUAGUAGCUUAUUUUGGAAAAUCAUAUUGGUGGGGGACAUUAUGUUGUUAGAGACUUUGAAUCGUGUGAUCAAUAUUUGCAUCUCAUGGAAUUCUCAGAUUGUGGAUUUGUUUGCCUUUCAAUUUCUUCUUCAUUUGGUGAAAAAGCUUUAGUUUUAGCUGUGUUUUAUCAUAAGUCGAGGCUCCACAGCCAACUGUCUGAAGUGAUAUUCAUAUUCAUUAACAGAUUGGCUCUUCUGGAUCCUUGAUUUCAACAAGAGCCUCGACUUUUCUUUCUGGAGUACUAAAACAGUAAAACUUUACUAUUACAUCUAAACUUGUUU